UAUUCUCCCUCCCCCUAAAACAGCAUUCAACACCUUCACUAGCAAUUCCUCAACCACACUUGCCAUAUCAAAGAAAAGAGCAUCAACAUCAGAUCAAAGAUACAACAUGGAGGCACUUCAAUCAUGGGUUUCAAAGCACAAGCUCGCCAGCAUUGGGGCACUCUGGGCCUCUGGAAUUGGAGCAACACUUGUGGCUUAUUCAUGCAAAAAGUCUCCAAUGAAGCCAAGUCUCAGGCUUAUCCAUGCUAGGAUGCAUGCUCAGGCUCUAACUUUAGCAGUGCUAUCCGGUGCAGCUGCUUAUCAUUAUUAUGAGAAACGUGAUGUUCAGCCAAAACCAGAGGCAGAUUAUAUUAUUCCUGCUCCCAAUGUCACCCAGAUGGUUGAAUAUGAACUUCAAUGUCCUUUCUAAAAAUUAAAAAUAAAACUGUAGGGGUCAUGUUAUUAAGAUUAGGAGAUAUUCCUAUCAUCGAGUUUUUGCUUUUGCCUAGAAAGAAUAUUAAUUGUUUGUGUAUUUUAUCAAUGAUCCGACUCCAGAACUAGGGGGAAUAGCUAUUGCUAUGCAAUGUUGCAAUGCAUCUCUAUGUAUGUUCUGAGGGUGCACUAUCUUAAUUUUCUAAUGUAUAUAUACAAGUUUUAAGAGAAGUUUCAAUUCAGCUUGAA